AUGGCGUCGCCUUCAAUUGCAACGAAUUUGAGUUUGAGAUUAACUCACAACAUACUUCGUGUUAGUAAUCCAAAAGAGUUAAUCAACUUUUAUAUAGAAAAAUUUGGAAUGAAAGAAGGUGGAAUAAGUCAGUCAGCAUCAGAAACGUACAACAUUUCCACUGUGGGCUAUUUAUCUAAUCCAAAAUCUGUUCAACUUGAAUUUCAUAACGUACCAAAUAAAUCGUAUACAUCGCAACAUAAAAAUGAAGGACGAGGUGUGUAUUGGAAAAUUGGAGUCACAUUAAGAGAUGUUGAUCUGGCUGUAGAUAUUUUACAGAAGAAGAAUGUUCACGUAUCAAACGGUAAACAAUUCGAAGAUAUCGGCUAUCUGUGUCAUUUGAGUGAUCCAAAUGAUUUUACCAUUGAACUAUUACAACAUGAUUUUAAACAAAAUUUUAGAAAGCCACAACCGGAUACAAAUUUUCCUGAAUUAAAACAGCCAGCAUGUAUUGGACAAAUAACAUUAAAUGUUAGUGAUAUCAAAAAAACAUUAACAUUCUACGAACAAAUAUUAGGAAUGAAACUGUUAUCAAUACAAGAUGUAUCGCAGUACGGUUUUAAAUUAUAUUUUCUUGCAUGGACAGAUGAAGAACCACCGAAAAAACGAGAAUCAAAUGAUAAACGGGAUAAUUAUACAUGGGACUUGUACGAUGCAACGCAAAAUCGUGAAUGGCUAUGGAAACGACCUUACACAACAAUUGAAUUGAAACAUGGUGGAUCAGUAGAACCAUUUGUCGAUUUAAAAGAUGGAGAUGUCGGUUUUGAAGGUUUGCGUAUUACGUGUAACAAUCUAACUUCAUUUGAAACGUAUAUGGAAUCAAAAGGUAUACCUGUAAAAAAUUCUUCACAAGGUUCAAAUGGUCGCGAAAGAGUCAUACGGGAUCCCGAUAAUAUACCAAUAUUCGUAACAGAAGAUAAAAACGCGUGA